ACAACAGCAUGGAGGAGACGCGGAGAAUCGGUGCCGAGCUAGCGAGAUUGAGUGGAGGCAUCGUGCUCGAUGUCCUUGAGGACAGGACGGUGAUUAUGUUUCGUGGUAAGAACUACCAGACACCAGAGGAGCUCUAUCCUCCAACUUUGGAAGCUGUCGACAGGAGAAAUGCCGAUUCUAGGCACCACAUCCAACGGGCUUUGGAUUCACAAGUUUACAGGCUGGGGCAAUACAUUUCCAGGUACCACUUUCUCAAAGAAGACAGAGAGCCCGCUCAAGCCACGCAGCCGAUGAUAGUCUUACCAGGGGCUGGCAACGAAGACAGAGAAGAAGGUUUAGAUCAAGGUUGUCAAGUAGAAGGCGAGAAUGAUGAUAAAGAUCAGGCUAGAGCAGCAGCAGCGGAUGUUAUAGCUGCACAGGCGAGCCUCGAGCGAGUGGAAAAAAAGAUGGCGUCCAGAUUUGCGAGAGAACUUGGCCGCCACAAGACCAAGAUUGGGAAGGAGAGGAGACGAGCGAGAAAGAACUUGUUUGAUUACAAGAUUCGCAGGUGUGGGGGAUAA